AUGAAUACGGACAGGAAACUGAUGACUGAGAAGAUCCUGAGUCUAACCCUGGAUAUCCUCUACCUGCUGACUGGAAAGGUGAGAGAUUUUGGUUAACAUAACAAAAAAAUACACCCAGAAAAAAUCAACCUUUUCCUGCAAAGAAUUCCAUACCUUUAUUAUUCUUAGUGGGGUGAUAAUUCAGUACUUAGGGUGAAAUCUCCUUGAAGGAACACCAUAUGACCCAGACCAUUAAAGUGGUCUGAGUUUACUGUCCCUGUCAAUUUAAUUGAAGAUGCAAUAAUUUUAUUACAUGACAGGAGGCUUCCUAUUUUGCAUGACUUUUUUUACUCAUGCCUCCAGCAGCACAAGUCAAUCAAUAAACUUUUAACCAAUCAUAAAAGAGUACAUAAACAUAUAUAAGGCUCUGAUUGUCACAUGACUUCCUCUUUCUUUGCUGCUUCCAGCCAAGGCACAGGUCAGAGUAUUCUGCUCUCACUAUUUGUCUAUUAUAUGUACAAUUCUUACUGUCUCUUUAAUUGAUGCUGGCUUACUCUCUACUGUAUGUUUCCCCUUUUACAUGCACUUAGUUUAUGCCUGCUCCCUCAGCCUGUUAGUGUUUCUUGUGUGGGGUUUCCCUGUCUCUGGGGCUGCACUGUACUUUGCCUCUGGUCUGUGUUGGUCCCUCGCGAUUCGCGGCAUUUUACCGCGAUCGCGCGAGACCGGGGGGUCUGACCAGGGGCUGGGGGGGUAACUGGGGGACACAGGGGGAUGCCGGCCAGGUUUGUAGGAUCGCGGUCGCGGGCCGCGAUCGCGAACCGCGCGGCAAAUUUGCGCGGGAACGGCGGCCAUCUUGGAUCUCGCGAUCUCGCGAGAUCCUCGGCAGCCAUCUUAGCUUGCCAGUUCGUGAUUCCCACGAACUGGCAUAAAGUCUGUACUUAAUGUGUAAUUGUCUAUAAUGUGUAUGGUUAUACUGCCCCUUAUACUGGCUAACACUGAAGUGUUAGUUAACCCCUUACUCCCUGGAUACAGGAGUUAAUGCAGGCACAUAAAUGGAAUAAAGCUUAAAGGAAUACUUACCUGCUUGCACCCAUGGACUGCUCAGGCUGCUAUUCUUAAUGCCUGGAUCUCACUGAGGACACGGGUGGCUGACUCAGGGCAUACACUGAAGAACAGGAUACAUAUAAUUCUGAAGACUCUUGGUCGCAUAACUGAUGCUGGAUGUCCUCACGCUAUGCUUUCCUAUGGCGUUGUCCUAAUGCAUGUGUCACGGGUGUCACGUGUCCUACAUGAGCACUUCUGGGUUGGAUCGGAUAGGGAGUCAUCACAAGGAUUGGGAAAGUCACUUUAAUUUUUUGUCUAUAUAAUAAUUUCUCAUACACUACACAAUUGAUCUUGAGAAAGACCCUCAGGGGUUGGAACGUUGAUCGUUUUCUUUGUAUUUUUCGUGAAGUAAAUUAAACUUGUCACACCGAUUGAAAAUCAUCUAAGUGCACCACAUCAUUUUGGAAUAUGGUUUAACUGAAUCUCGGGCAUUGUUAUUGUUGUGUCAUCAGUCAGCCUGAAACUAGAAUCUGCCUAAUGUCAAUUCUGUGCAAAUUUCCAUGCAAAGAAUGUCAGUCAUUGGCUGAGAGCGGUCAUCUGAUACUCUGAACCAAUUAAUGACAUUAGCAUUGGCAUCUGACUUCAGCAGCUUUGCAGAAUCCGAAUUAUGUUACCAAAGCAGCAGGCAGUUUCAGAACCCGGCAGGGACCCAGGUAAGAGGGCAAACCAAUGUAAAACGUAUUGCCUGACUUACCAGGGUACUCAUCAUAUCAUAACUAUUACAGAAGGCUGUUGUGGUUAUGAUGCUUGGAUUACCCCUUAAUUGGCCUUGGAAAGCCUAGUUAGUGUUUGCCUGCUGCAGUCAGCUCUGUGAUAUAUACUUUAAGUGUGUAUGCAACACUUUUGUCUGCUUUAAAUUUCUUUGUCAAUGUGUAGGAUUAUAUCAUUGUGAAGAAGCCUGGUAAUGAUGUCACAAACUGCAAUGGUCCUUUUGUGUCAGGAGGAUCCUAUAGGACCCAAAGCGCCAGCAUGGUGCCUCCAUCUCACUUACUGAUACACGAGAGAAACAAUGACCAGAAGAUCCUGGAACUGACCAAUCAGAUCAUCCACCUGCUGACUGGAGAGGUGAGGCUGCUGGGAAUGGGGCAUUAUGGAGUAAAACCAAGGGAUGUGUUUGGAUGGUGACUGUAUCAUUGUGUGUGCCAGGUUCCAAUUAGAUGUGAGGAUGUCACUGUCCAUCUCUCCAUGAAGGAGUGGGAGUAUUUGGAAGACCACCAGGAUUUUCACCAGGCUAUGACAAUGAAGAACCGCCAACCCACCCUCUCAUUAGGUAAAAGAAUGAUGCACAACAUGCUAAAACAUAGAAACACUAUAAACAUAACACAUGUUGCUAUAUUUACCAAUUGGCCCAUAUUUGGAAUAGUGCAUCUUUACCCAAGUUGAAGGCAGUCCAUAUUCUUCAGCUGCACAAAAUUACAAUGGCUCCACCACACAGCAUUUUUGAGUUAUCCUUCCUAUCUGUCACGUAUUCAUCCGCUUAUAAAAAUGUGGUUAAUGGCAUUUACUGUCCACACAUGAAAAGUUGUGCCGAGCAGCAACCAAAUCUACAGAAGGGUUAAUGCUGAGCAGAAAUUAUGCAUAUUGAAACCUGGUAACUGACUUUGGGGUCAAAGGCCGGUUACAGCCUAUCAGAUCUAGAGGAGGGGUAUUUAGGCCCAGUUCUCAUCCUGCUCAGUGCCCGUCAUGGUUUCCCUUGUGGUUGUCCGAGAGCGCGUUAUUGAUUUUGGUUAUUCUGGUUAUUUGACUUUGGCAUUGUUUUUGACUUCCCUGUUUUCUGGCAUCCCUGACUCCUGGCUUUUCCUUAUCGUUGUGUCUCUUUCUUUAUCCCUUGACCUCGGCUAUUCCUGACUGUUCUUGGGUACGUUAGUCCAGCCAUUCUAAGGUCCGGUGUACGUUACCUAUCAGUCCUCUGUGUUACACAAUUCUAUGUGCUGGAUCAUUCUGUAAUCCUGACACUAUCUUCCUCCAGCACCCUAAUAAAUAUGUCCAUGAUUGGGGAAGCUUCUGCAUGCAGGACACCCCUCCAUUAUGACACUGACCUGCUGGCUUUGUUGCUGAAGCAGGAUUCUUCAGCUGUUUUCUGAAGGGCCGGACUGGGAAAAAAAUAGUGUGUGUGUGUCAGUCAGUCAGUCAGGGCCGGUGCAAGGAUUUCUGCCGCCCUAGGCAAAGAUCCAUUUUGCUGCCCCCUCAUGUUACACACUCACUGACAGGGGCACACACACACACACUCACUCACUGACCUACAUACUCACUGACAGGCACACACACACACUUACUGACAUACAUACACUCAGUGAUGUAUCCUGGUUUUUUGCUGCCCUAGUCAGGACAAAACUCAGAUGCCCACCUCCCCCGCCCCACCUUCUAAAUAUACACACACACACUCACAGGCAAACUCAGACACACACACACAAUCACUCACAUUAACACUUUAAAAAAAGAAAAAUUUAUUUAACCACCCCUCAGCCUCUUUACCUUUUGGGAAUGCUGGGGGGGUUCUCUUUCUCCCUGGGGCUCCAGUGGCUGCCGGUCGGGCUGAUGGGCUGGCUGCUGGGUGCUGGCGGGCGGCUGGCGAGGGAGCACUUCCCAUGAGCACUCUGUUCAGCUCCCUCGCGCACCACUGAGUCAUGCAGGAAGCCGGAAUAUGACGUCAUAUUCCGGCUCCCAGCCUCUCACUGCGGUGUGCGAGAGAGCGGAGCAGACCACUCAGAGGAAGAGCUUCCUCGCCAGCCGCCCACCAGUGCCGCCCACCCAGCAUGUCAGUUAGCUGCAAGGCUAACAAUGCAUUUGCCCUGGGCAUUUGGGGGCGGCGUUUUUUGCCGCCCCCUGGAAAAUGCUGCCCAAGGCAAAUGCCUUGUUUGCCUCACGGCUAAUACUUCCCUGCAUAAACAUACUCCCUGACAGACAUACUCCCUGACAGACAUACUCCCUGACAGACAUACUCCCUGACAGACAUACACUCCCUGACAGACAUACACUCCCUGACAGACAUACACUCCCUGACAGACAUACACUCCCUGACAGACAAACACUCCCUGACAGACAAACACUCCCUGACAGACAAACACUCCCUGACAGACAAACACUCCCUGACAGACAAACACUCACUGACUGACAGUCCAACACUCUCCUCCCUGAGGCAGCUCCUCAUUCCUCCCGCCCGCUGUUUAGUAUGCCUGGGCCGGAAUGAUGUCAUACUCCGGCUCCCGACAUCACAGAGGGCGCGCGAGUGAGGAGUGAAGGGCUGUAAGAAGAGCCUCCCUCACCGACUUGCUUCUCCUACCCCCUCUCCUCAGAACAGAUCACUGGCAUUUUUUGGCAGAGCAUAUACCUGCCAUCAAGAUAAGCAGGUGCCUGCUCUACCUUACCGAAUACAGCUUUGGGGGUGCCCUGAGGUGGCAAGAUGGCCACCUCCUGGGCCCCCUGUGACAGGGCUCCUCUCGGCGUCCCCACCUUCGGACGCCUUGAGGAUCAGCCCGGCGCAGGGGGUGGCUCGAGCUGCUUGCCCAGCCCUGCAGCCCUAGACAGGGGGAGCCCACCAGGAAACAUCCCAGUAGGCGUCCCCAGCAGGCCGGCGCCCUAGGCGAAUGCCUAGUUUGCCUAACGCUGGCCCUAGGUGCAGUGUGUGUUUGUGUGUAUAGGAAUCUAGUGUGUGUUUGAAGAACCCAUAGUGUGAAUAGGAAAUCUAGUGUGUGUGUGUGUGUGUGUGUGUGUGUGUAGAGGAUUCAGACUGUAUAUAGGGAUCUAGUGGGGUGCAGUGUGUAUGUGACGGGUGCUGUGUGUGAAUAUGUUUGGAGAGAUUGUGUGUGGGGGGAGACAGAUUAAUGUAAAUAUAUUAAAUAUGUAUUUUUUUAUUAUUAUUAUUUUUUUUUUUAAAUAAAAUUAAAAAAAUUUAUCCCUCUCUUUUUCUACCUUUUUCCUCAGAGGAGAGGUCGUGCUGCAAUCCCUGGUGUACCUAGUGGUGAGUGAACUAUAGCCUGUGGGGCUCAAGUUCACUCUCGCGAGAUCCAGAGCGUUGCAACACUUUGACCUUGCGAGAUGAACACCGCGGAGCUGCAGGUCAGAGCUCCCCGGGUCCUCUACUGUCGCCCUCCCACACCGGCUGCCCAGUAAACUGCCUGGUUCAGUCAUUCAGUAUAUCACAAACCAACUCCUGUGCACUCUGAGUCAGGGUAGUGAGUAGACUUUAUUGAAGCAAUGUUUGUAAAUUAAAAGGAAAAAAAUAAUCUUUUGAGAUGCAGAAGAAUUCAUUUCAGUACGUGUGUUUGCGUAGUAAGAUCAUUAAAAGGUGGCUUUAUUCUGAAACUGGUCUUGGUUUGUUUGUUUGUUUUUAUCUCCACUUGAAGAAGCCCUAGAGGCGAAACGCGUUGUGGUUACUAUUUAUGCUGUUUUAACCCCUUAAAGACCGCUUCAGAAGCUGGACAUACCCUUAAGGACACAAGCAAUGUUUGCAUUUUUUUGCUGUUUGUGUUAAACUGCAAUUUGCAUCUCUCUCAUUUAUUGUACCAACGCAUAUUAUAUACUGGUUUUUUUUUUUUAAUGACAAAAAGGGCUUUAAUUUGAUGUGACCUAUACAUAUAUAAAUUCUCAUUCAUUACAACUAAAAUGCUAAUAAUAUAUGUUUAUAUAAAGUAGUCCUCACAGGCUAUUUACUUAAGGUUAUUUUGACACUUUUUACGUAGCCAUUUCACCACCAACUCUGCUAAAUAUUGGAGUAAAAUUUAGUUUUUUUGCCUCUAUUUUGGCAAAUACACAUAUAACAAGGUUUUUGUAAUGUGUAUUUCGUAAACCUAGUGUGUGCUAUCCCUGUACAGAAUAAAAUACAGAAAACCACAUAUUGUGUUCAGCUACAUCUGCUGAGUACAACGAUACCCCAUUGUAUACCUUUGCCACUAUUCUGUGAAGCUACAAUGCCAUAUAGGAGACCAUUCUAUUUCCGUUUCUAUAUUUGGAAUUUUCAGAGAUGGUCAUAUGUCUGAUUUUGUGGCAUUAUAGCCAUUUCACUGUUCAAAAUAACCCCAGGAAGGCCUUCCAUUUGAGAAAGCAGACAGGGUAUCUUAUAAACCAUAUAUUAUACCUUAACUUGCCACCAUUUCUUCACCAAUUUAUUUUAAAUUUUGUGGUGAGAAUUAAAAAAAAAAAAAAAAAUAUUUAUUUUUUUAAAAUUUUUUUUUACAUGUUGCAUUUUAGCUGGGUAUUUCGUGCAUUUGAUAAGUGCCACUUUAAUAAAUUCCCCCUAAGUAUGCUCACUUACCUCUUCUGAGUAAAAAUAUAAGCCCAAUGUAUGACCUAGACACUAAUUUGUGAAGUUACAGUGCUGUAAAAGAGACGUGACAAGUUCAGGUUUUUAAGUGUAUAUUUUCAUGGAGAGUUUUAAUGGGUCCGUAUUCUAUUUUGAAAUAUGUUAGCAGGCUACGUUUUCCAACUAGCCCAAAAAGGCAUACUAUUUCUUAAAGAAGACACCUUAUUGAACCUUAGCGUGGGAUCAUUUUUCUGCUAGCUUGUAUCAAGUGUAGUGGUAAUAAGCAUUUUUUUGACUAACACAUUGAGUUUGUACUGUAUAUUUUGCAAACCUUAUGUGUGCUACGGCUUUAUAAUACUUCAUAUGUUGCUCAGCUAUGUUGUCUGAGUACAGCCAUUCCCCCGUAUGUACUUUUGCCAGGUAUAUGUGGACAUUGAAGGGGCACAUUUCAGACACAGCCAUUGCAGUUUUUUUCAAACUUUGAAUUUUUACGUGUUAUCAUUACCCCACUUUGGAGUUGUUGUUUUUUUAGUAGGAUAAUUAUUCCAACUACCCAAUAAAGGCAUACCAUUUCUUAAAGAAAGACGCCCUAGGGUAUUUCAAAAGUCAUAUUUUGAACCUUAGCGUGGGAUAAUUUUUCUGCUAGCUUGUACCAAGUGUAGUGGUAAUAAGCAUUAUUAUAUGCCUUUUGACAUUUGCAAUGAGUCUGUAAUAUAUAUUUUGCAAACCUUUUGUGUGCUACAGCAGUAUAAUACUUCAUAUGUAGCUCAACUAUGUCAUCUGAGUAUAGCAUUACCCCUGUAUGUACCUUUACCAGGUAUAUGACAAUGUUAAAGGGGCACGUUUGAGACACAGCCAUUUAAGUUUGAAUUUUUAUGCUGGGUCCAUUUUUUUUCAGUAGGUUGUGUUUCCAAUUACUUCACAAAGGCAUACCAUUUCCUAAAUAAGACACCCCAGGGUGUUUCAAAAGGCAUAUUUGAAACCUUAGCAUGGUAUAAUUUUUUCGUUAAUCUGUACCAAGUGUAGGGGUAAUACGCAUUUUUCCCUUCAGUGGCUAAAAGAGAAAAAUACUGUUAUCUGUAUUUUGAUCACUGCAGACAAUGAUCAAAGAGCAGGGAAGGGGUUAAAUUUUAUUUGAAAGGGGUGACGGGGGAUGAAUUUUAUAAUGAAAAGGUGUUUUUGUUUUGUUUUUGCAGCGAGAGACAGAUCAGCACCGAUCUGUCUCUCUGCACUUCACAGCUCACACGGAGCUGCAGGGAGACAGAUCGGGUUUCACUGCAGCACAUGUGAAAGCUCUGACUCCCGGUCAGAGCGAUCACAUGGGCUGAAUCAGUGAAACUGCUUGCUGUAGUGUGCCUCUAACACGGAGACACACUACAGGAACAUUAACCCCACGAUUUCCAUGAUUGUAGCAAUCUGCGGUUAAUUUUAGUAGUGGGCAGAAUUUUCCGUCCUGCGUCCUUAUGGGGAGUACUGUGGUGACAGAACAUUUCCAUCCAGCAUCCUUAAGGGGUUAACUUGAGUUUUUUUAUUUUAUUUAUUAUUGUAUGAAUAAAGAUAUUUUGGCUUAUUUUACACUUUACUAGAGUGUGCCAUUUUACACUCCCUCCCACUCCCCCUCCCAUCCCCUCUACAUUUUUAUUAUCACUACUAUUUUUUUAUUUUACCUCGUACUGCCUGGCACCUGCUUUUUAUCUCCAGUGAGUACUACUCCAAAGUCAUCCCUGGUGGGGAUUAUACCACCCACAUCUGAUCCAUAGAGCAGUUCGCCUGCUUUGGCAAAUUUGAGUACGUUUCCAUUUAUCCUUACUCCUGGCAUUUUAUUCAGUGAGCACUAAUGUUGUUUCUUUUUAUUUUUAUGGUCCACCUACUACAAUGACUUCAUUCUCACGUAUCCUUGCAAGUGGGGAUUGUACCACUGUAUGCCAUUCAUACUGGAGCUAGUUAUAACUCCAUAAAACGUGAGUAGGAAUAUAUCGUUUUCCUUUUAUUUUCCCCUGUGAGAACAUACUACCCUAUUAUUCCUUUCUGUUGUUUCAUACGGACUCCACUAGAUGCUUAGAUCUCUACUCUUGGGGUUAGUGGCCAGCCUCUUUUUCACUCCCUCUAGUUAGAUAUCUACAAUGCGGAUCCAUCCCUCCCAUUAUGGUCUUGGUUUGCACCUACAGUAUGCAGUCUAUUUCCAUCUGACAUGAACGCACCCUACUUCAAGAGUGGGCAUGAUGUAGUUGUGGUGGUGAAAGGGUUAAAGUUCACGAUUUGUCUGCACUAAACUGGAAAUAAUGAUAAAUUCCCGCUUAACACCACCCACACUUAACCAUAAUAAUAUAAAUAUUACUAUGAUAGCGCUGCCACCACCAAGACAAUUUAUAAAUGGGGUGCCUUGGUCCCGCCCCCCCAUAACUUAAUAAUAAAAACUCUCCAAAUACAACUUAGCACACUAUCUAAGCAAUUGCAAAACACUAAGUAGUCUCUUCAGGUAACGUGAUUUUUUACCAAAGACAGAACUUAAAAAAGGAAUAUUUAUUAUAAGCAAAAAAUAGUCACAGUGCAUACAAAAAUAUAGAUGACAAUCAAAUUUGUUACACCUACAACAGAUAAAAAGCAAAAGGAAUAAAAUAACAGAAGUCUUAGUCACUUACUCAGGUUUUCAAAGUAAAACUUCUGCUCCAGGGGGUCUCUGAUAAGAAAGGUGGUGACUCACUUAGAAUUAGAUUCUGGCCCCCAAGCCAAGUCCAAUACACAUUUCAGUAUCAUUGGAUGUAUACCCUGUGAAUUACCAAGCCUGGCCUAGAGCUAAUAAGUGACCACUCCCUUGUUUUCCAGACACACAUCCAUCCAUAUAUAAAGUUUUUCUUCUAUCUCCCCUUUUUUUACUUGCCACAGAAAUAAUUGCAUCUAUGAAUUUGUUACCAUUUCUCCAUUUCAUAGAUAUGUCACACAUCUUACUUGUGACCCAAUAUAGUGGACAUCCCAAUCCCUUCCCAUAUGGUUAAGUUAUGCCAACCAUGUUUGGGCUUGUUUAGAAGAUGGUGCUUGUCCCAUUCUAAAUUAAAAAGGAGGCUUUAUUAUUAUUAUUAUUAUGAAUGUACAUAUUAAUGUUUCUUUUGGAUAUGAUACUUGAACACAAGGCUAAUGAUCAUUAACAUAUCAAAGACAGUAACUCAUCAAUUAAGAGGUAGAGGCCAUGUGGCUGAAGGCAGUUAGUUUACAUUGGAACUAGACUUCCAGGCCACUUAUGUGUGACUUAUCACACCUUACAGAGCCUUUGAUUAAUCAAAGGCUCAAUCAGUGUUGUAAACCUUCUGCCCCCUUUCACAUUCCUAUACCAUUUACAUUACCCCUUCUGUUAUCUGACCUUGCAACCAAGUGGCCAAUUCAUAUAUGCAGUAUACAAAUUACAUUAAAUGGCAAUAUUCUAUUGUGCAACAAUGAAUUAUGCACCCUUGGCGGACACUAUCUUUCUUAUUUUUAAAUAAUGUGUACAGGUAUGUUGACUUGAAGCUGCUGAGGCUCUAUUCUAAAUGACCUGAAUAAAGGGUUCAACCAUAAUUUCAGGAGUGUCUUGAUGCAGAACACAAAUUUGGAAGUAGUAAACGUGGGUGACCAUUUAAAGUGAAAGGAGGUUUGUCCCUUAAGGAGGGGAGAAAUCGAUCCAGUAUUUUACUGGAUAUCAAUAAUAAUUGGUGGGACAUAAUGGAAUUUUGGUGGUUUGUCUUUGUGUGUUGAUGUGAGCUGAAAUAGCGGUUCUCAAUUUGCUGUAAAUCUUGUAUCUUGUAUCUUGAGACAUUUAUCUGUAUUUGAAAUUUUGGCGACCGUGAAUUCCCGGGGUGGAAGAAACCGUACAAAGCUAGAUAGAUGGCUGAUUUCUAAAAAAUAAACUUAUCAACAGUUGUUAAUGUCUUGGUAGCUAAUGCUGCACAAGCUAACGUCCUGAUGUGAGACAUGAGUAUGUCUAAUCCUGAACCAGAUCAUGGAAGGCUGGUGUCUCUGAAGCUUGUCAUGAUGCCGUAGGGUGUUUUAUGGAAAAGGUCUGAAAUUUUAAAACUUGAGGGUGUCAGCAGCUUCAUUGUGAAGCCCCAGGAUGUGAGUGCAGACAAGGUAAAACUGGUGUGUAACGGCUAACCGCUAACAAACCUUAUGAUAGUCGGGCACUGGGAACGGCCUUUGUUAAUGAUGUUACAUGCUGCUAAGUGGCAAAAUAAUAUUUGCUGUUCCACUUCAUACUGUGCAGGUGCAACCGUGAAGGAAGUAUUGUGAGUAACUUAAACGCUUUACUAAUGUCAAGCUCCUGGCCCUGCAUUUAUAAUAGCUUGACUGGCAUUGCCUGCUGUAAGGUAUUGAAAGAAAAAUUGGAAAUAUAAGGAAAAAUGACAAUUGAAUGAUCAGACUUUUUUAUUAUUUGAUUUGCCAGUAGCUAUACCAACCAGAUUAAUACGCCAGCAAGCGUAAGGGGAGGACCUAAAUUAUGGACAAAUUCUUUAGCAAUUCAGUGUGUCUACCAGUGCACAGUCCUUGACAUCAGACUGUAGGUUUAUACAUUCAAGGAUGCUGGUAGGUAAUGAGAUAAACCCGGUGUGAAAACCUUGUGAAAAUCCCGAGACCAGAAAUGCUGUUAACUGAGGUGCUGGUUGAUAAACUAGGAGCUGCUUAAGCCUGUCUAUAUUUACUAGAAACUUUAAAAUUUAAGGUGCGCUGUGUCUUUAAGACCAAAUUGAAAAAAGUGCCACAAGUGCAAGCACUGCUUGCACUUGUGGCACUUUUUUCAAUUUGGUCUUAAAGACACAGCCCACCUUAAAUUUUAAGGUUUCUAGUAAUUAUAUACAGGCUGAAGCAGCUCCUAGUUUAUUGCUUGCACUUGUGGCACUUUUUUCAAUUUGGUCUUAAAGACACAGCACACUUUAAAGUUUAUGUAUAUGAGUGUUUGGGGGAAUUUUACACUUGUUUUUGGUGCAGCUUCAUGUUAUAAUAAUUUUUUGGAUAGUUAUAUUUAUAGACAAUUUUUACUAGCGCCUACUUUUUACUUGCCUUUGUGUGUAUAUUUACUAGAGUUGGUCAUUGAUUGGGCUGUAGCCAGUUUGGCACAUAAUUCUCAUAUGUGCUCCAAAACAGAGGGCACACAUGCAAGGAUCUGCAGGCAAUAAAGCCACGACUACCAGAGUUAAAGUAAUUACAGAUUUAGGUUCUGCCUAGAAAAACAAUAGGCUGGCCUUGCUUGUCGCUUAGCUUAAGAGGCAGGAGGUAGCAGACUAGUAGUAGCCUUAUUGGUACACAAGUUACUGGAGUGGGUGGUGGAUGCGCAGACUGCUCAUGUGGGAGUUUUUAACCUAGCAAAGCACCUGCAAAAUAGUUGAGUAUCCAACAGAGUCCAGUCAGUUCUAAAAUUGAACUGUGCUAGUACUGCAGCAGAUUUAGCGUAAAAUUAUUUGUGUUAGUAGUAAAAAGAAACCCUCCAUGCUUGUAGCCUAGAUCUACCAACUUGUGCAUGUAUAGAUCUAGUUCUCCUCGACGUUGGGGAAAACUGGAAGCCGUAACAUUUCUGAACAGACCAAAAGCCAGAACAAAUUGUGGUAUAGACAACUUUUUAUUCAAUCUGGGGUCUCUGGCUUUGAGAAUGACCGAUAAAUCCUCAUUGUGACGCUGUGAGGGAGACACCAAGUUGACAUCUUUCCCCUCUAAUUUAAGUGAUAGGGGUAACCAUGGUUGCCGUGUUAGAAAAAGUAAUAGCGAAACUAUUACCCUGAGAAAGACGUGUAGGAGGGAGACUAGGAGGAACAACAGAGGAGAUAGAAUCAGCCAAUUUGGCUAACUGCCCAAGUCUAUUAUUUUUAGAGUUGAUUGAAGUCGAAAUGAAUGAACGCAUACCAUGCAUCUAUGUCAUACUGCUGGCACUGUUCCCUCGCCAGCUUGUACUAGGUCUUAGUUCAUCUGAUUGUGAUUGCAUUAGGCGAUAAUGGCCAUAGCUGACAAUGGCAUGUUCCGCCUUCUUUGUUCAGCAGUGAUUUUAGAGUCUGUCCAGGACCUCAUAGAGCUUAGACUUGCAGACUUUUCUUUGAUAGGUAUACCAGGUCUGGCUUCGGUGCUAGGGAAGGAGAAAGCAUUGCCUUGGUCUGAAGCAGACCUACUAUGGGAGAAGUAAAUAGACUUAUUCUAAUCAGGACCUCCACACCCCCACUCUGGUAAAUAGUGUGAACUAACUGACUGGCUAACGAAUGCCAAGAGACAAAAAAAUGAACUUGUCUGGUGAAGCCCUGCUAGAUUCCAAGUGGCUUAUAGAAGCAGUAUCUUUGAUUUAGGCCAUGAGGUGGUGGGCCACUGAAUGAUAUGGUGGGGUGAUUGGCCAUGGCAGAUGAGGUCAUUAAGGCAGUGAAGUAUUUCCUAAACAAGAUAAGGUACCCCCCAAUCAUGUAGAGGGAUAAGGUACCCCUCCCCCCCCACCCCCCUCUACUGUAGGUAUACUAAAGAAUAGGGCCCUUGGAAACUAUUGCAAACCAAGAUUCGAUCACAGGCAGCCAGGAGUGGGCUUGGCAUUUUAAAGCUGGAUAGCUCCACCCACAACUCCAGGCUGCCAUCUUUAUGUUUAAAUGCACGUAGGUACAUCACUCUUCCAGUCUUUUGUCCUUGCCUGUGUGCAAAUCACUUAAGCCAAAAUAUAAAUAUCAAGGAAGGUGCACUCAAAGAACUUCAUGGGUAAUUGUGGUCGCUUUAUUGUGCAGUCAUACACCAGAAAAUAUGACAUUUCAGUCCUCUGUAGGACUUUUCUCAAGACAUAACGUAGGCCUCGAUUUUAAAAAGAUUUCCAAAUGUUAGAAAAGUUUCCAAAUUAUUUAUAUACAGAAGUCACCGUUUAAUUAGAUGGACAUUUUUGUAGAUAAAUAAUUUGCAAUUAUUUCUUACAGUACUGAGUCAUUUGGAAAGCUUAUUAAAUCAUGGCAAUAUUAUUUUUUUUUCAAUUCUGCUGUAAAAUGUGGAAUUUGCACUGUAUUCAAGCUAAUUCAUAUAUUAGUGGAAAGCCUUAUGAAACUGCAGUAUAGACUUAUUAAGAUACAUUAUAUGACUAUUUUUCAUUGCCUGUUUUGUUACAUAACCUGUUUAGUAUCAUCUGUUUAUAUGUAGCUCUUUGUAACACUGAUCCUUUGGAAAAUUAUUUCCGACAGAUGAAUCAAUUUCCAGACGUACAUUUCCAGUGUCACCUGAUGCUUUAAAUGAAGAUAAACAUAGCACUAAAAAUUAUCCAGGAUGUCUCACCAUCACUGACCGUUGUACAACCAAAAAAUGUACACCGUCCGUAUAUACUGACCAUAAUAAAGAGGACUCUGCCUCAUGUCAAGAAGAAAUUCUCCCAAAUGCUUACACAGCCAGAGAAUGUAAGCAGACGGAAUAUUCUUCUACUCACAUUAAGGAGGAAUUGACCUCACGUAAAGACCGUAAACUCACUGACAAUUUUCAAGCCUCAAAAUAUUCAUCUGCCAAUUCCAAGGAAGAAUCUGUAUUAAUUGUAGAAAAUAAUCUGACAGAUAUCGACAGGCAUGUACCCAAACUAACAGAAUAUACAUCUGAUCUUUUUAAUGAAUCUGCUUUGUGUGAAGAAAAAAAUCUAUUGUAUACACCCACGGAACGUAUGAAUACAGAGCAUCUGUCUGUUUGUAUUAAGGAAGAAUCAACACCAUUGAAAGACAGGCCAUUCACAGACCCUGACAUUCACUUACUCAUGAAACCCACACAGACGGACUAUCCAUCUACUCAUAUUAAAGAGGAAUCAGACUCUUGGGAAGAAGUGAUUGUUACAGACAAUGACCUUUAUGAACCCACAGACCAUGCAGAUACAGAGGACGCUAUGUAUAACAAGGAAGGUGUGGAAAAUAAUGACAACACGUCAACACCAGUUAUGAGCUUUAGAGUAAUGAAAUUCAGUGAAUGUGGAGAAAUUGUUAAUAAUCAGUUUCAUACCCAUACUGUAGAGGGGAUGUAUAACUGCUCAGAAUGUCAGAAAUGUUUUCCUAAUAACUUUGAUCUUUUUAAACAUCAGACGGCUCACAAAGAAAAGAUGUUGGCUUGUCCGGAAUGCGGGAAAAACUUCUCUUGUAAGGCACGUCUGAUCAGACAUUACAGGAGCCACACAGGAACAAAAUUAUUUUCAUGUUCAGCCUGUGGGAAAUGGCUUACUGAUAAAUCAAGUCUAAUUACCCAUCAGAGGAGUCAUAUGGGAGAUAAGCCCUUCUCCUGCUCUGUCUGCGCAAAAUCUUUUACUACUCAAUCAGAUCUUGUUAGACAUAAGAGAACUCACACCGGAGAGAAGCCAUUCUCAUGUACAGAGUGUGGAAAACGUUUUACGCAAAGUUCUCACCUUCUUCGGCAUCACAGGCUUCACACAGAAGAGAAGAUCUUUACGUGUUUUGAAUGUGGAACAUCAUUUCCUAGUAAAAUAAGUCUUGCUGCCCAUCAUAAGAUUCACACAAGAGAACAUCAGUUCCCUUGUUCUGUGUGUGGUAAAUGUUUUAAUACGCAAACAGAGCUUAGUAGGCACCAAAGGAUUCACACAGGGGAAAAACCAUUUGCUUGUUUUGUAUGUGGGAGAUGCUUUACCCAAAGUGCACAUCUUAGCAAGCAUCUCAAAAGCCAUACGGGAGAGAAACCAUUCUCAUGUUCUGUGUGUGGGAAACGGUAUUGUGCACAGGCAGAUCUUGUAAAACAUCAGAGGAUUCACACCUGA